GCAAGUUUAGCUGCCGGGAGGAGGUGGAAGCAAUUAUUGUGCUACAAUGAACUUCUUGCGGCGGGGGAUCAUCGCGUUCAGAUCCGCUGCUUCCGCUGUUCCGGGCCGGAGCGAGUGUGUGUUGUACAGUAGCGUGGCUGGAGGGUGUGAGCGCACACUCAUUGCCGUGAAGCCGGAUGGGGUACAGAGGCGACUGGUGGGAGAAAUCAUCAAGCGAUUCGAGCAGCGUGGCUUCACAUUAGUGGGACUAAAACUGCUCCAGGCAUCGGAGGGAAUACUAGCAGAACAUUACCAUGACCUGCGCAGAAAGCCUUUCUACCCAGCUCUUCUCCGAUACAUGGCAUCUGGGCCAGUGGUAGCAAUGGUGUGGGAGGGACACAACGUGGUACGGACGUCUCGUGGGAUGGUUGGGGAUACAGACUCUUCCCAGGCUAAACCUGGCACUAUCCGUGGGGACUUCAGUGUGCAUAUCAGCAGGAAUGUGAUCCAUGCCAGUGACUCUGUGGAAGGGGCCGAGCGGGAAAUCAGCCUGUGGUUUCACAGUGAGGAGCUUAUCAGCUGGGAGACCUCUCACCAAAGUCACUUGUGCCAAGUUUGAUGCUGCUGUGAACCCUCCCCCCAGUUCAGGACAUUAACCCCGCACCAGUAAAAUGAAUCCUGCUGGGGGGGCAAGCCCUUUUGUAACUUCAAUAUAGGAAGGCGUGUUAUUAACCUAUUUUUUUUGUACCUACGUUUACUAAUGAAUCAGUCCUGUGCCAAAAUGGCACUCUCAGGUUUACAUACAAUGACUUAAUUUAAUAGUUUUACUACAGUGCUACCACCGGCCAUGUAAAGGAAUCUCCUCCUGCUGAAUACGUCCAACGGCAGAGCCUCUGCAGAUGGUUGUCUGUUUCCCGUGCUAUCCAUCAGACUUAAUAUUGUAUUGCACAGUUAACGUUUCUUCUUGAGCCAAUGCCAGCUCCUCAUUUAGGCAUAAUAAAGUGAUAUUUGUAUGGAAGGCACCCCAUGUAUUGUUACAAACACCCAGCCAACUUACGUUGAUAGAAGUUUAUUUCUGUAUUGCAGGUGCCAAAUGAGUUUCGUGCCUUAAUAUGUCAUUUCAGAGGAAUAUCACACCCGUAUUUUGGCUUUGGUUCCCGGUGUUCUCUGCAACUGUUGCUGGGAGGUGGUGGGAUUUGCAGUCAACGCCAUCAGAAACACGCUGUUUCUUACGCUUUUCUUAAUGUAAAAAUAGCUGUGUGCCAACGUUCUGUUUAUAUUAUCAGCCCCAAGGACAUCGUGUUUUGUAUCUGUUGACUCACAUCCCUCCAUGAGAGUAUUCCCUGUUCUUUCACACACUCCCACUCCAGCCUUAUGUCUCGUUGUCCCUGGGUCCAUCUUGUGAGGGUGGUAGAAGUAGUUAUGUAGUUGCUGUUGUGGUGGUAGAAGUAGAACAUACAUGUAUACAUAUAGAGAUUCUGUGAGAAGGCUAUUCUAAACAAGUCCAUGGGUCUAUUAGGCCAAUGGCACCCAUUGCCGUAAACACUUACACUGUUUGUGAUCUCUUGGCAUUUUCUACAAGCCCCCAAGCCUGGAUUUCAACCCAAUGUGCUCCUAGACAGCUUGCACACUACCACCCACUUUCAGCCCCACCUACUUCCCGCUAGUGAUGUUCACUGAUUGUCGGAACUGGGGACUGAACAGGCUGGAUAUUCCCUCUCAGUUCAGAUGUGGCCAGCGAGCAGCAA